UGUAUAUGUAUUUAACCACGCCACGAACAGAUAACUUUAGCGGAUAAGAUUCUAUUCAAGGCAAUCGGGCCGUCCGAUAUUGUUCGUCGAAUUCGUUUGUGUCGUGGUUGUUUAAAGUACUUACAACCUUCUCGAUAUUUCAACUGUUCGUGACGUUAAAUCAAUAAUGGUAAUCGAAGAAAACGACGCGGCGCGUUUCAAUAAAAGUUGAAGAUAAUUUACGAUAAAGUAGCGAGCAAACUCGGUGUGUCCAGUAUCGCCUAAAAUUGCUGUUUUUACUCCUCGUUGAUCCUCGCGUUCGUCGUGCUCUAUUUCUGCGGCUUAAUCUUUAUUAUCCUCGUUAUCGUCUUUACGUUUCUUCUUUUUUUUUUCCCGCUCACAUUUCCAAACGACUUCUGCACGGUUAUCAAACUCGAUUCCUUGGAAGCCGUACCCGGUGCCGCUCUCAUUAUCCAGUUUCGAAUAUUUCUCGGUUGCAUUGCUCACCGUCCCAUGAUUUGAUCAUCGACGAACACAACGACGGAUGCUCUUGACAGUUCGGGAAAGAUUGAAACGUUCGUACGGAAAAGGAUCUAGGGGAUGGAAUAGGGUGACGAUGAUAAAAUAAUCGAAGACUAUCCGUGGACUAGCGGUUGAAGAAGAAAAAGAAGAAGAAGGAAGAAAGGAAGGGAAAAGAGAAAAGCGAGAGGGAAGAAGAGACAGAAGGUGAAAGAGGGGAAGGACUAGGAGGAACCAAAGAGGAUCGUUCCACGGUGAGAGAUCUUGGUCCAUCGUCCGCGUCUCGGUGUUUAACAUUGCCCACCGAGUAAAUUUCACCGAGUCGACGUCGAUGCAGAGACGUUGAACGGAGGGAUAAAACGAGGGAAGAAGAGAGACGAGCGAUUUUCCAGCUGGACACGUCGCGAUUCGCCGUUUCAUCGUGGUCGUCGUCGAGCUGGACCCAGGUGCAGGAGAAGCGGCGACGGUGCACGCUCUCCCAGAGAUUCCCAAGCGAUGAUCCGUGAACUGGGAAUGUAGACGGAAGGGCGGGAAAGCGGAUCUGCCCCUCGCAGAAUCGAAGAAAGGGCUUUUCCUCCAUCUCCACCGUCGUCUUCAACCUCCGCGAGGUUCUUCGAAUACCUUCAGCCUCUUCGUCGAUUUGGACACCGUAAGCGUGGGACAGGAUGCCAAGGAAACGAUGUUCAUUGACGAAGCUCGAGGCUCUGAUGGUGCUUAGUUUAACGGUGCUGGUGCAGCUGGACGUAUGCUGGUGCUCGCUGACCCACAGGAGCAGACAUCACGCGGACAUGUCGCACGAGGACGGGAAGAGCUUCAGAACUAGCGAGGAGCUACCUAGACCAGCCGCCCUCAAUUCCAACGACGAUCCGCUGAUAGUUCAGACGAGAAAGGGCAAGGUCAAGGGUAAGACCAUGACUGCGACCACGGGAAAGGAGGUCGACGCCUGGCUCGGCAUCCCUUACGCGCAGAAACCUCUCGGACCGUUGAGGUUCCGGCAUCCGAGACCAGCGGAACGUUGGCCGGGAAUUCUGAACGCCACCACGCUGCCGAAUAGUUGCGUGCAGAUACUGGACACGGUGUUCGGUGACUUUCCAGGUGCGACGAUGUGGAAUCCGAACACCCCGCUCAGCGAGGAUUGCCUUUACGUGAACGUGGUCGCGCCACGACCUAGGCCUACCAAUGCCGCUGUUAUGGUAUGGAUAUUCGGUGGUGGCUUUUACUCCGGCUCGGCGACCCUCGACGUUUACGAUCACAAAACCCUGGUGUCCGAGGAGAAGGUGAUCCUGGUCUCGAUGCAGUAUCGAGUGGCCAGCCUUGGUUUCCUCUACUUCGGAACGUCGGACGUUCCUGGGAACGCCGGUCUGUUCGAUCAGAUGAUGGCCCUACAGUGGGUACGCGACAAUAUCGCUGCUUUUGGCGGAAAUCCUGAGAACGUGACCCUGUUCGGAGAGAGCGCGGGCGCCGUAUCCGUUUCUAUGCACCUACUUUCGCCUCUGUCAAGGCAUCUGUUCAGCCAAGCGAUCAUGCAGUCCGGUUCGCCGACGGCACCUUGGGCCAUCAUCUCGCGGGAAGAAUCGAUCAUGCGGGGUAUCAGAUUGGCCGAAGCGGUCGACUGUCCCCACGAUCGGGACAAUCUCCAGGAGGUGAUCGACUGUCUGCUGGUGAAGGAUCCGAUAGAGUUGGUUAAGAACGAAUGGGGCACUCUGGGCAUCUGCGAGUUUCCUUUCGUCCCCGUCAUCGACGGCGCGUUCCUCGACGAGACCCCUCAACGUUCCUUGGCCACUUCCUCCUUCAAGAAAGCAAACAUCAUGAUGGGUUCCAACACCGAGGAAGGUUUCUAUUUUAUCAUUUACUAUCUGACCGAGCUGUUCCGCAUCGACGGGACCGAGGACGUGAAGGUCAGCAGAGAACAAUUCGUCAGCGCCGUCUCCGAGCUGAACCCGUACGUCAAUCAGAUCGGAAGGCACGCAAUUAUCUACGAGUACACCGACUGGCUACGUCCCGACGACCCUCACGUGAAUCGCGACGCAAUUGACAAGAUAGUCGGCGACUAUCAGUUCACCUGCAACGUGAACGAAUUCGCCGGACGAUACGCCGACACCGGAAAUACCGUGUACAUGUACUACUAUAAGCACAGAUCCGCAAACAAUCCGUGGCCAAGGUGGACCGGAGUGAUGCACGCGGACGAAAUCAGUUACAUAUUCGGAGAGCCGUUGGAUCCCUCGAAAGGCUACACGAAGGAGGAAGCGAACUUAUCGAAAAGGAUGAUGAGAUAUUGGGCGAACUUUGCGAAGUCAGGGGACCCGAACAUCGGCGACGUCGCUUCGUGGACGCUGUCUUACUGGCCACCGCACAAUGCCGCCACGAAAGAGUACCUGACGUUGGAUACCAACAGCUCCGAAAUCGGCAACGGACCUAGGGUGAAACAGUGCACCUUCUGGAAGAAGUAUCUUCCCCAGCUGCUAGCCGCCACGUCGAAACUAGAGCUCGGCGCGAAGGAGACGUGCAGCAGUACCAGCGUGAACGACGGGGGUCAUUUGUUGGUGGUAUUAAGCGUCGCGGUAAUCGGCAUUCUCUUCAGCCAGAGGCUGGCGAUCCGAGUGGACUCGGACGGCGCACCGCGGAUCUUCGACGCCCGAGGCUUCGUCUAGCUCCGGCAGUCGGCUGGCCGCGGACCGUCCUCGAUCGUCGAGCAUUGCCAACAGGGUUGGCCAACGGGAGACGAGAAGCGACACAGACAUAUCAAUGCGCUCGAACGCGCUCGAUCGACCGAGCACCGGUCGACGCGAGUUUCUGCUUCGCUGGUGAGACCGAUCGUACGCGAACUACGAACUGCAAACUAAGAGCCGAACACGGGCUAGAAACUGUACCGAUGCCGAGGGGACUCGAGGAUCUCCUAGGACCGACGCGUCGGCAAAAAGAGUGCCGUUUCUCCAUUUUACUUUUCCCUUUUCCCUUCUUUCCUCUUCCCUUGCUUGCCAUUUCUUUCUUUUCCAUCCACUCUUGUUGCUUUACGCAGCGAGCUCUCGAGAGCAGGAUGAAAAACAAAUAGUUGCGACAUCGCGGUUCCGAUGGAAUCUGCAAAUCUCUCGCGUAUUGUCAGAGUUACACCCGGCGAUUGGCGAAACGUAAGAGAUGUUUGGGGAAGAUAGAGACGCGUCGCGCCGUAAAUUGUCCGACCAACUUACGGCUGCGAAAGACCAUCGUUGCUUCUACCCUUUCUUACGCGUUUACAGAGUUACUUUAUCACAAUCUCUUCUUAUCCCUUGUAAAGGAGAUCGUAAUCGAGGCGUCGCGUCGUCGCGAUAACGUUAAGCCGCGUUGUGUCAUUGAAAAAGCAAAGCACGCAUUGUCGGAAGUAUAAAGAAAUGAAGAAUCUCGUACAGAUUUUACCCUUUAACCAGGCGACGAGCAAUGUGGGUCACCGCAUCGGAGCUUUUAUUUUACGAGCAAGAUCGCCGUCAAGCUGGACGUUAUCGCGUCGAUAUGCUAUAUACCGCGUGUACAUACUCGACAGGAUAAUUCGAGCUGCCUGUUGGAAAAUUUGUUAACGCGACCGAUCCAUUAUCCGCGCAUUCCUUAUCGUCUACAUAUUUCUAAAGGUCAGCUUUCGUUUUACGUUCUAUCGAGCAAGAUAUCAAACGACGAAACUUUUAGCGAAUUCGUCGCGUUCACGAGUACAGUCGACUUAUUCAGUUUCGCCGGUACAGCUUUUAAUCCGACCAUUAUGGUACCGUAAUGGUAGCCGCAAUUCGAUCUAUACGUUCUGCGGCCGUCUAUACCCGCGCAUAUUUGUAAUGGAGUUAAUUGCAUUCGUACGAACUGCGGAGACUUACAAGGGGAACUACCCAAGUGUUACACUCACUUAUCAAUGAAACUUUGCCAGCUUGUAGAACUCGUCGAGCUGAACUGACUAAUUGUUUAAAAGAUAUUAAUAAUUGAAGUUAGUUACUACUUACAUUGAGAAGUAUGACGGACUCACACAUACAACUCGCAAUCUAGAGAUCCUUGAUUCCCAACAUUUUUUUUUGUUUUUAAAUGAUAAUUAG